AACGCGCAUGCGUGAUGGCUAUUAAGAACCAACAAUCAAUACGCUAUAACACCAAAAGAAUUCCUACGCCAAAUCACAGAAUUAUCAAAAAUGUGGCCGGUACUUCUGUUAGUUUUUUCACUACACGGAUUUUAUUGUGAACCAGAAACAGUAAGGGAUAAUUUUGACUACUUUAGCUAUGGAAACGAAGAUAAUCUUUUGAAAAGUCUCGAUCUUCAUCUGCCAAAAGAUGAAAUUGUGUUACGACCGCAAGAAGUAAAGGAUUGGCCACAACAGUCGCUGAAUGUGGGCCAAAUAACUGCCGUCUCAAUAAAUUCUUUGGGACAACCUGUAAUUUUCCACCGGGCCGAAAGAGUGUGGGACGAAAGUACUUUCAAUGAAUCCAAUGUAUACCAAAAUCUCGACAAAGGACCAAUUAUCGAGGACACAAUAUUAGUACUCGAUCCUCAGACUGGAUCGGUGCUUCACAGUUGGGGGGCGUAUUCGUUUUACAUGCCCCAUGGACUUACUGUUGACCAUCACGACAAUGUGUGGGUCACUGAUGUGGCUAAGCAUCAAGUUUUUAAGUACACGCCAAACAAUCACAAAUACCCAAGCCUAACAAUUGGAGAAGCAUUCACAGCUGGUUAUCCCUACAGACACCGAGUUCUGCUUUGCAUGCCAACAUCGGUAGCAGUGGCAACGACAGGCGAAAUCUUCGUCGCUGAUGGAUACUGUAACAACCAGAUAUUGAAGUUCAAUGCAGCUGGAACACUUCUCUUUGCCAUUCCAUCUUUCUCUGACACUCUUACGUUGAAUCUUCCACACAGUGUCACAUUGCUAGAACACUUGGACGUAGUUUGUGUGGCAGACAGAGAGAAUAUGAGAAUUGUAUGUCCUAAAGCUGGAUUGAAGAGUUACAUCAAAAUGCUGGAGCCUGCUACUGUGAUUGAGGAUCCGACGUUGGGACGAGUUUUUGCUGUGGCAUCACAUGGCGAUAUCAUCUAUGCAGUGAACGGUCCAACGUCUCAGAACAUCGCAGUGAGAGGAUUUACCGUCAAUGCUGUGAAUGGAAAUAUUUUGGACACUUGGGAGCCAGCCACGGGGUUCACAAAUCCACACUCUUUGGCUGUAACGAGAAACGGAUCCCACCUCUACGUAACGGAAAUAGGACCAAACAAAAUAUGGAAAUUCGAACUAACCGACGUCUACGAUAAAAAGUAGAGAAUUUAUUAGUCACUUCGCUGUAGGCUUUAACGAAAAAAAAAAUAGUUACCGCUUUAUAUUGGCGCGAAUAUGAUUCGCAUUAAAAAUUUAGAUGAAAUCUUUCCAAUAUGUAUUACUCUAUACCUAGUAAAAUAAAAUUGGGGUUAUAACACAAUGCAAUCGCAAUCAAACUGAUCGUUUUUGAUACUUUGUAAUACCGAUGAUGAUCGUAGAAUGAAAGAAUUCCAAUCGAAAUUUCUUAUUAACUUAAUAGGUAAGGAGAAAACGUGGACAAGACGUUGAAGAAAAAUUCCGCGCGCGUUACUUGCUAGAUUUGUAGCAAGCCAAAGCAUACAAUAUUCGUAUGAACGAUAGAGAUCAUCGUAGGAGAAAGAGUAGUUAGUUUAAAGACGAUUGCGAUUGCGAGUGUGUUGUGCAAUUAAUCCUUUUGAAAAAAUUAAAAUACGUAAAAAAAUAAAAUAAAAUAUGUAAUAUUCUAUUAGUGUAAUGCAUUAAACCAAGGUACUACGUAAAUAAAAUUAAUAUAAUUAAUUAAUAAAAUAUAUUAUAGUACUAUAUUUAUUUUUUCACGCUGGUAUAUUUUGUUACUGCUUACCUUUGUAGAAUAAUUUUAAACUCGAAGUAUUUAAAAUGGGCAAUAAGUAAGUCUAUCAAUAUUUAAUAAUAUUAUGAGAAAAAUUAUAAAAAAAAAUUUUUGAUCCUUGCUUUGCAAUAUUUUGACAUAGAGCAUAGAACUAGACUUGCAAAGUAUUGUAAGUAUUAUAUAAUAGGUAUUGUAUUCAAUGGAAACAAGUAGGGCCAAUAAAAUCACGCACAUAAUUAAAAAAAAACGAUUAUAGUAGAUUGAAUGUUUGGUAAGUUUGCAAUUUGAAAUAUUGGUAUACGAGUAUCUUUCCGACAUAAUUUCAAAGCAAAGCGUCUAUUUCCAAGUUUUCGGAAAGGCCGCUCCAACCUUUGACGACCACCCUGGCGCAGUGCUCUUAUAAGCAGGUUUCGAGUUCGAUUUCCGGCUAGGGCAAUUUGGGGAUUUUUAACAUCUAUCUUGAUUGUGUCUGGUCUGGUCUGGUGGGAGGUUACGGCCGUGGCUAGCUACCACCCUAACGGAAAAGCACUGCUGCUAAGUGAUUUAGGGUUCCGUACUAUGCCGUGUAGAAGUUUAAUAAAACUGCCUUAUCCCUUCCAAGUUAGUCCGCUUCUAUCUUGGCAUCAUCACUUAUCACCGGGUGAGAUCGCAGUCAAGUGCUUGAGACUUGUCACGUAAUGAAAAAAUAACCUGGAAUUUCCAUCAGACAUGAUUGCCAAGCACAAGCCUAAAUUGAGUAAAAAGAUUCUUAAAUAUAUAAUUAACAACAAUGCAUUUAUGUGCGUAAGUUUUAUUAUUCCAUUUACCUUCCUUUAACAUCACUUUUGUACCUUUUGGGAGUGAUUUCGAAACAGUAAAUUGAUUCAGAUAGGUUGUUUCAGUUUUUAUUUGCCUAAUCAAUCAAUCAAUCGAUACUUUUUUCUUUGAUCCAUGGUAAUAAGUCAAUGAAAUACAUAUUACUAAUGUUAUAUUUUUUAAUAUAAAGCAGUAUAAUUUAUGAUUUUGUUGGGAAUGGACUUAAAAAAACAUGAAAUGAGGCAGACUAGCUAUCGAAGAGCAAUUGAUAUGUAUUUAUUGUAAACUUAAUAAAACUAAGGACCAAAACUGGAUUUGGUAUAAUAAAGAUAUCUCGAUAGUGUAAAAAUAAAAUUAAAAAUAUAGUAAUAAAACGAAUAAUACAAAUAA